CCUCUUACCUGUGUUACAGCUGUCCAGUUAUCGUCCCAUAGGGAGUCUCUCCAUGUACCUAUGGAAACAAAGAUGCUCGUUCAAACAGGUAUGGCGGUUAAAACAUACACAGAAACUGACACUGAGGGAACAUCAAAAGUGCCAAUCUUUAGAGAAAGGACAAACUGAAAACGACAAUUUUCUUAUUUUUGGUGCUAAUAUUUGGGACUAGAGAUCACGCUGCUAAACAAAAUGAAAACAAUAAUUAUCAUAAAGCUCUUCGUGACAAAAAUGAUCAAUUACAAAAGAACAAAGGAAUUUAAUACUGAAAUUUUUAACCGUUAUGGAGGCCCUUCCCAGAGGGAACCUGAUGUCAUUACUACUAAUUCUGGAGUGCAUUAAGACAUGAAGAUAAUUUUUUUAAAAAAACUUUUUACAUACAAUACUUUGGUUGAAUCCAAUAAAAUAUGUCGUUAAAAUCUAAUACACUGAUUGGCUAAUCUAUUUCAAACCUGGUGACAUGUUUUCAAUUUUAAAAACCGAAUGAACAUGUGCAAUGAAGAAACAUGUUAAGGACGACGAAAUCAAAAUGAAUAAAAUGAGAGAAAAUUUUACGACAAAUAACGUUUUCCGAAAGCUCUAGUAUUGCUACAAGGAAACAGAGCAUUAUAAACUCAACACACGUUUUGUUUAUAAUAAAGAAUUUUACUGACUACUAAUUUGCAGUUGAUAAUUAACAGAAUCCCUGUCUAAAGAAAAGCUCUCAGACAGUAAGAGCACGACCAAUUUGGAUAGCAUCUUUCCGGACAAAACUCUCGCAUCCAUUUGCUCAGAAUUUAAACAACAUCCCAGAGAGAAUUUUAAAGGUGUAGCCAGUUAAAACUGAUGCUUUUUGCAUGCUUUGAUUUCAUGCAAAUAUCACGAAAACAGUAAUCAAAUGUUUGAUAAAGGUGGUGAAAAAUGACACAGGAAGAAACUUGAAGCAGGAAAAGGCUUUAUAGCUUUUAUCAAGACUUCAGCUGUUCAAACAACAGGUAACAGAAGAAAUCGUGGCACAAAUAAUCUGCAAGUAUUUUGAAGGUCACAUUUGAUUAACUCUUAUGGGUUUGACGAAUAGCAUUCCGAGUACACAUAGCAUUCGUAAUAAAAGUAUUUUCGAGUGAUCAGUGGAGAAUGCCAGGAUCAAGACAGUAUACAGGCUGUUCUGACAAAUAUUAAAAGGGUCGAGCCGUACGAACAUAAGAGCGGAAAAAUUUUUGUUUGGUGCAGAUAAUAAUUUUCAAGUGGAACAAACCAGCGACAAUUUGAUAAUGAUACAAGUUUCUAUUAUAUUCUUCGAAGGAACAUUUGCUGCGGAAUUAUGAGUGCUUUGCGUACAGUCUCUUUGACCUUCUUGUCAGUAUGUGCCCCCUCGGGCAUCAUCGGCAACAUUAUCGUUCUUCUGGCCUUCCAUAGGCAAGAACAGACAGACGAUUGCUCACAUAUAUUUUUCAAGCAUCUAGCUAUUGUCGACCUCAUAAUGUGCACCGGUGGUCUUGUGACUGGAUUAGGCAUCAUGCUAGAUGGCGGAUUCCAGUUCUGCCAAGGCGGCUUAAUCUUCAUUGCCUUGUUUUAUGGACUAAGCUCGGGCACAGUGUGCCUCAUGACCUUGGAUCGCUAUAUCUAUAUCAGCAUGCCGCUUCGAUAUUAUUGCAAAAUGAGCACGAAGCGAGCCAGACUACUGCUCAUAGGAAUAUGGUGCAUUUCAGUUGUUAAUAUUUUGCCAGUCGUAUCGGGAGUGGCCUUUCAUAGAAAACCAGGCCCAUUCUACCGGCUCGAUAUCAAGAACUGUGUAUUGCCAAAAAUAAUCAAUAUUCCAUAUUUCCUUUGGCUUGAAGGAACAUUCCUCGCUUUCUUGGCUGCCACAGUCUACUUCAAUAUAAGGUUAUUAUCAUAUGCAAGACAGCAGUCUAGGAAGAUUGAGGCAUCAACAUUGCCAACUGAGAGCGAGUUUCACGCAGACGAGCGCUUCAACCGUACCAUCGGUAAUCAUGCUCUUGCUACUGGAAAAUGCACAGGGACACAUCAAAUACACAGAAUGGUUUUUUUGAGGCAGCGCGCAACAGUCCGACUCACUACUGUUUUCCUUCGAAUUCGACAGAAGAAAUAUAUAAAGAUCAUAUUUUUUAUUGUGUUUAUACAUUGCUUGUGCAAUUUACCCUACUUUUUAUUCGUCACAUUAGAAAUCAUUUCUGGUUCGUCGUUUGAGUACCAAAAGAUAAAAUUUGCGUAUUCGCUGUACUUAUUAAACUACCUCAAUUCGGUUCUAAAUCCAGUGAUUUACACAAGUUUGAACAAGAGGCUCAGGGAGUCUGUUACGAGGAUGUUUUACUCAGUGCGCUGUAGGUCAUGAGGGAUGUUAUUAUUAGUUAUUAUGAAACACUUCUCUCGUAAAUACAUUUACUUAGUGUAUCACAAGUUUAAUUUAAAAAUGUUUUGUCAAGCAAGUCUAUUUUUUGCUAAUUAAAAUGCCCCUUUCCAUGCAAUGUUAUAAAUGUCCCCUAGGUUUGAUCACAAGGAAUGUUUUAUGAAUAAUCAGGAGCAUGAUAAAUGCUCUUCUGUGGCUCUUAAUAGCUUGUGCUGAUUUACUUAUUAACACAGAGUGAAUCAAAGUCGCAAUCGCAAUAUCGUUGCAACUCUAAUAUAAGUCCAGGGCUUAUAACGGCUCAAAGACAGUUUUUGGGGGGCUUUUA